UAAAAAACUGUAUCUACCUUUCCUUUCACUUGGGGUUCCUCUCUCUCUCUCUCUCUCUCCACCACACAGAAUUUGAGCAGAGAGAUAGUGCCAGCGGAACCAUGGCUUCUUCCACCAACAUCCGUGAAAACUUCGUCUUUAUUGCCAAGCUAGCAGAACAAGCUGAACGCUAUGAUGAAAUGGUGGAUGCAAUGAAGAAGCUAGCGAAGAUGGAUGUUGAAUUGAGUGUGGAAGAGAGAAACUUGUUUUCUGUUGGGUACAAGAAUGUGGUGGGGUCAAGGAGAGCUUCAUGGAGGAUCCUAUCAUCAAUUGAGCAGAAAGAGGAAUCAAAAGGGAAUGAGUUGAAUGUUAAGCGUAUUAAGGGUUACAGACAGAAGGUGGAGGUGGAACUUUCCGACAUUUGCAAUGACAUUAUGAUUAUUUUGGAUGAGCAUCUUAUUCCUUCCACUAACAUUGCUGAGUCCACAGUGUUCUAUUAUAAGAUGAAAGGAGAUUAUCAUCGGUAUUUAGCUGAAUUCAAAUCCGGUGAUGAAAAGAAAGAGGUAGCAGAUCAGUCACUUAAAGCAUAUCAGAGUGCUUCUGCGACUGCGGAGAAUGAAUUACAACCUACGCAUCCUAUCCGAUUGGGUCUUGCUCUAAAUUUCUCAGUGUUUUAUUAUGAGAUAAUGAAUUCACCUGAAAGGGCCUGCCACCUUGCAAAACAAGCGUUUGACGACGGUGUCUCGGAGUUGGAUAGCCUAAAUGAAGAUUCUUACAAGGACAGUACCUUGAUCAUGCAGCUGUUGCGAGACAACCUUACUUUAUGGACUUCUGAUAUCCCAGAAGAUAGUGAGGACCAGAAAAUGGAAAGCGCGACUAAGAGUGGUCAAGAAGAAGAAGAAUUGGGCCGCUAAGUUAUCGUUCUGUCAAGUAGUUAUCAUCCGGUGAACAUUUUCAUCUUUGAGUUAUUGUUAAAUUUAGAGUUGCAUCAUUUUAUUUGAAUCAUGUGUUUCAUUUGUUUGCUAUUGUUGUUGUAUCUGUUUGUGUAACAAAAACAUCAUUGGUUUGUAAUUCAUGAUUCCUCAGUUUGCAUUCUGUUA